GGAGUCGCCAUCCCUGGCAGUGUUCAAGAGAAGUCUGGAUGAGGAGAUGCGAGAUCUGGUUUAGUGCUUGUGGUAGCAGUGGUGAUGGGUGGAUGGUUGGACUAGUUGAUCUUGUAGGUCCUUUCCAACCUUGUGAUUCUACAAUUCUAUGAUUCUAACAGUGGGAUCUUGUCAUCUUACCACAAAACCAAAGCACUUGCUGUGAUUAAGCUUAUUGCCUUUUUCCUCUCCUCUUGUUUUUUUUCCACCUGGAACUACCAAUAUCUGACAGCUUUGCUUCCCUCUCAGCGGUCCUUAGGAUCAGGCAGUCUCUGCCUCCACUGGAAGAUAGGCACGAGAGCAUGUUCUGACAGGUUGCUUUUUUGCAAGUGCAGAGAUGAAAUGCAAACCAUUCCCCCAGGACCAAACAUGUGAUAACACACACCCUUUCAACUUCUGCUUGCUGCUCACUCCCUCUGCUAAAUUAGCUGACUGGACAAGAGAAAUGGGCUUAUUGUCUGUUCCCCAGAAUUGACUCAGCCUAACCUCUGCCUACCAGUGCAGGAGCCAGAAAGAUCAGUCACCGGCUGAGGGCAGUGCUGGGUACCAACCCGCUGUAUGCGAGCUUAAACGCUAAACUCAGUCAGAGCACUCACCGAGUUUGACUGCUCACGCAUGCUCUGCAUUAUUUCCUUAUCCUCUUUUCCCUUACUUUCUCUUUGGAUAUCAGAUUGGUUUUAUCUCGGUUAGCAAGAAAAACUGGCUUGGAGAGGUUGCAGGAAGCACUAGGAACAACACUUGAGUAUGGGAGGGGAAGGCAGGGAGGAGAGUAGCAGGAGCUGCCUGCUUUGGUGGCCAUGAGCUGUUAGAUCAGCUCACCCUGUGUUGUGGGUCUGACUCUCAUGUGGAGUAAAUCAGAGAAGCUCUGCUGCCUUAAUUCUUGCAAUGGGCUUCUGAAAAUAAACGUGGACUAGGAGCAGUUUUGUGCAGCCUAUAAGUAGUCACUGAUGCAUGUGACAGACCCAGGAGGGGGACACUGCCCAUUUCAUAUCAUACUGCGGGUAGAAAUGCACAGACUUAUGCCAGAACUCCAUUAGAGUUCUGUCCAAUUUACAACACAAGCUAUAGCAAUCUCAUCGCUUCUCUCUCAACACCAUAAUCUUAAGCCGCACUGAAGACCUGCCCUCCAACUAAAUACCUACGGCUUUGCGAGAUGGUGAACGUGGCAUAAAUCAUCAAUGCUGUUUGCAUUACAGCCUGACCGCCUGCGGGACGAGGAGAUCACAGAGCUGGAGGAACGGCUUAAGAGCCUGAUUCUUCACCAGAACAUCAACAACAACAUGCCUUCCAAGGACUGCAUGUCACUGAACUCCCCAUCUCUACCUUCUCAAGGCAGCUCCCUUUCCCCACAAGUCACAUUUCUUUUUCAGGGACAGCAGUUUGACAACAGAAUGCUCACACCAGAUGACCACCAGAAAUUUGCCAAGCUUGUGUCCAAGAAGUGGAAGCAAGUGGGCCGCUCUUUGCAGAAGAACUGCCGGGCCCUGCGAGAUCCUGUCAUUGAUAACCUGGCCCACGAAUACGACAGAGAGGGACUUUAUGAACAAGCCUAUCAGAUGCUUCUCCGAUUUAUCCAGUCGGAGGGGAAAAAGGCAACGAUAGCACGACUGAUUGCAGCCCUGGAAGAAAAUGGUCUCACCAGCUUGUCUGAGGAGCUCUUGGGCCUCCAUUCCAAUGAGGAUGAUUCCUAGAGCCCAAAGGGUAGUGGCAUUGCUGAGGGCUUUCUUGCUUUAGCUAGUGUAUGAGACUGCUGCCAGCGUCUGGGAAUGUAAUGCCUUGAAAAUCACUGCAGGUUUAUGUGCUGAAGGGAGUGCCCUGGGCAGUUUCUGUGCUCCCAGAAGCCAACAUGGGGUUCUGAUGUUCCUUAUUUCUUUCUGUUUCCAGAAGUCGAUGUUACUUUCCUGUGAACCACUGAGAGAGGCUUUCAGCCUGACUUCCUUCAGGACUGAAAUGUCACAGAGAAGCAGCCAGGCAAAUUAACGAGCCCUAGGGGAAGGUGGGAAGAGGUGAAAAGCAAGGAAGGCAUCUCAGAGAAUUUCCCUGGGAAGCAAAGCCAGUGUUUCUCAGAUGUGGCCCAGGGCCAUCACCUGGAGAACUGCAAUAUGUUGUCUUAUAUUGACAUUUAUGCCUUCAGGCUUGAAACUACGUAAAGACAAAGGAAAAGUCAAGUUUAUAUUGUUUUCUUUGUUCUUCAAAUGAGGACCAUCUGCAGCAAGUACACCUGUCCUGCUCUAUCCCAGUGUAGUUCCUUCCCAUAUCUCACCACGUGAAGGUUCCCCUUUACUUAAGGCAGUCAUCAUCUUCCACAGGGCACAAGAUUGCUGCUGUAGAACAGACUUCAGGCACUGAACAAACAGUGUGGAUAAGCACAAAUUCAGAGGAUGACUCCCAGCUCUUUCAGGACUAUGGUGUACAAUAAUAUAUUGACUGCCUCAUGUCUAGCACUUCUCACCAGCCUGGAAGAGUUUGUGAAAAGAAAAACACAGUGCUGCAAGAAUAAUAUACAGCCUUAGAGUCAGCAAGUUACCUACAGGUCACUGAUUGAACCUGCUGCUGUAUGGUGCAUUGCAGCAUCAAAUACCAGCCAGACCCCACCGAGCAAGCCUCUCCAACCAGCUGGCUGCCAGUGCCUUCGCUCAACAUGUCCUUGGCUGCUGAAUUCACCAGAGAGGGUUGCUCGCUUGUGCUUCUUGAGUGUCAAGAUUUGCACAGAGCCUUUCCAGUGACAAGUGUUGUUGCUGUGUUACACUUGGGCAUCAGAUCCCAUGCCUGGACCUACCUGCCUUGCUUUUGAGGGCAAAAUAUUGCUUACAGUUCCAGUGGGAUAAGCCUGCUGUCUCUUGGUGUGUUGAUGCAGGCUGCGACAGAGCAGAGCUCUUUACCUGUACCAAAGCACAGAGCAACAAGUUUCUAGCACAACACAGGUCCCAUAAAGCACAACAACCAGUUUUGACAUAUUCCUUAUUUUUUAUUGAUACGUUUUUACCUAGGUGUCUCUGUUAAUUCUCUUCCUCUUUGACCUUCCCAUCCAUGGGAAGGAACAGCUGGUGGUCUUGGAAGUUAUGUCAGACAGAGAAGAAUGUUUUCCCCUCCCUUCCAGCAGUACCAGCGCUCUCCCCAAAAGAAAAUGAAUAUCUCUGCCAUGUUUCCUUUUGGGACCAGCACAGUGAUGCUGGUCUUUGUUAGUUUAGGCUGCAGUGGGACUGUACUUCGGAGCAUUUAGCUUUCCCUGGCUGGGGAACUCUGUUUGACAGCAGCCCACCUGGCCAAUGGUAUUAAAAAAAAAAAUCAGAAACUUGAAAGUUACUGUAAGAGCAACAGUGUUUGCUCUUUAUUUUGCAACAAAUGACUUUUCAGAAAACAUGAUCUGUGCACGGUCUGCUGCCUCAUUGGUAGUGAAUAUUUCUAAGUUCUCAGCCUAUCGGUAUUCAUGUGCUCAGUGUUCCUACAAUUAUAAAGCAGUGGCUCAUUGGUGUAUAAAAGCUUUUAUAUCAUCUCUUAGCACUCAAAAUGAGAAGAGCUCAUUCUUCAGCAUCGACUUCAAGUACAAAACCUUUCUUUGCUGUUACUACGGAGCACUAAGCAUGAAUGCUUUUUUCUUCUUGUUUUUUUAUAAUGCAACCGUUGUGCAUUUUAUUCCUCUGCUAGCAAUUGGCCUGUUGUUUCCUCUUACUCACAGAUUCCCUCCCUAAAGUGCCAUUAAGUGCUGGAGCUCCUGGCUCCUUCUUUUCAGAAAUCAGGUACACCAAUAGUUGUAUGUUAUGUGCAAUGCACAUUUGAUUCUGGUCUCAAGCAGACUCCAGCCUGCUAAAAGAGUUGGGUUUUUUCUGUGUCAUUUGGCACAAACUUAGAUAGAGGCAGUUUUCACAGAUGCCUUGUGAUGAAAUAGACAGAUUAUAGGAUGUGAGAAUCCAGUGUCAUUUGCAUUGAAUUGACAUGUGGUUAGGGCAUGACUCCGGACUUGGGCCUUUUUUAUCCAGAAGAUUUUAUACCUGUUGUGCACCAGCAUGCCAGGACGAGGGGACUUACAGCACACAGGACAGGAAGGAGCACUCGCAAACAAAAAACAUUAGCAAAGGUUUAUGGAAGAAAUUAGAGUCUUUAAUUCUGAUAGCAGUGCAGUGGGUGAAACCAGAGGAAGAAUUACAUGUUAGGGAUACUUGCUGGAAAGCAGGCAGUCAGUGCUGGGCUUUCUUCUUUUCCUGGACAAAGUUGUUGCGCACUGCCCCUACUCAGGUGCCAAGACAUGCAGAUGACCCUGCGUUAGUACAACUUAUACUGAUCAGCACAUCUAGCAUGUGAGAUGGGCUGAGAGCAAAGCUGCAGCUGGACUGGGCUGCAUCCCAUGGCAGCUCUUCCCUAUGUGUAGAUACGCCUGAAAAAAAUACUGCUGGGGGAGGGCAUCAAACAUGCAUCAAACCAGCACACAAUAUUAAAAGCAAAUGAAGAUAGUUAUCAGUUCUAUGUAAAAAAAUGAAAUGACAGACAAAAAAUAAACAGCAGAAACCAGGCCAAAACAUGAGUCCAGGGAAGGAUCCAAGAGGGCUUUUGUUGUGGUGCAGACUGUUUCUGUGGUUUUAGCAGUGUUUCAGAUUUGAAGGAGGCUCCUUUCAGUCUGCCAGAAGGAAUAAAAACACAUCCAAAGGAGGAUUUGAGCGAGUUGUUUUGGCACAGUGGAGCUACAGCUGGGCAGCAAGAGGGAGUGGAAGUCAAAGUGUGCAGACUUUCACAUGAGGGAGCACUCAAAGUGUAAAACGGGCACAAAGGAAAGCAUCGAACUGCCCUGCAGGACAGAGCCAGCCAAAGGCCAGCAUUGGGCCUCUUAGAUGAUGGUGAAGAAUACACCAAAGAUUUUAACAUACUUCUGAAAAAGACUGCGCAUCAUCCAGCUGAUCAAUCAGAGCGGGGGCAGGGAAGCUGCUUUCUGCCAGCCUUAGUUCUCACAAGCUGCAGCUGCCUAUGGACGAGCUGACACAAAAAGGACAGGGAACCACUGGAAAAUCAUGAGCCAGAUCGAAAAGAAAUAAUAAAAUUCACUUCCAGUUUUUCACAGCAAGUCAAAUUAAAAACAUGCCAAUUGACCGCUUGCAGCAGCAUUUUCCAGGGUUCCACACACUUGCAGAGGCAGAUACGUGGGUUAUUUUUAAUGCAGAAUGGGAAGCUCAUAUUUGAGCACCGCAGAGCUUCAGGGGAGCUCCCAGCUAAAAUGGUUUCCUGAAGUUUCACAGGAAGUCUCAGUACUGUAUCUGUCUCACAACCUGGGGGAAAUUGCAGCAGAAAAUGUCAAGAUCUGGACAACAUUAAGAUCAAAAGGUGUGUAGGGUGAGGGAAACCACUUGCUUGGGGAAGCCAUAGGUGCCUAGAGAGGAAGCUGCUUUAGCAAAAGGUCUUCCCCUCGUGUGAAGAAAUUGUGCUUUUUUCCUUUUUUCCAUUCAUUGAAAAAUCUGCUUCAGCACUGAGGAGACAUCCUCAGUGGGUCAGAGGGUCAGCUCUGCCUUUCCAGAGAUACCUCAGAACAGGAAACCUAACAUGGCACACAAGGCACUGAGGGGCCCCAGACUCACUUGUUUAGUUUAACUGAAACUUCAUAUGUAGCUACGAACCUCUGGCAUUGAACAUCUGAAUCCAAGACAGUACUGGAAUGGGGAUGGAGAAGGUUUCUUCAGUCUGACCAACACACCAGGGUGGAUGAGUGGGGUUGGUGAGGUGCUCUGCUUCCCACAGCUGAGUCUGGCCACUUGGCUUUUGCACAGCAAUGGGUGAGGCAGUUUUUAAGGCCUGAAGUAAAAAAAAUUGCACCUUUUUUUUUCUUCUCUGGAUUUCACUAAGCUUGAACUUUUAAAGCCAGUAAAGGAGUUUGACUAAUUUAAAUCAGUUGGAGAUCUGUGGUCAAGUCCCCUAGUCAUCAGUGGAAAAUCUCUUGCUACCUUCUAGCUCCAAAUUUUCACAAUAUGCAGCAUCAGAUUGGGAUCAGCAUCUGCAGCUGUGGACUGCAAAGCCAUGCAUACUCAGGUCUGGGACAUUUAGCCUCCAUGGUAUUGUCUUCUAUAGGGAA